AUGGUUCCCUACCAUCCGGAUUCUUCUGUUACAAAGAAUAAUAAAACGGAUUCAACAAGUUCUGAGAGAAAGAAGAAAGCAAUGUGUAUCUUGUGCGUUGUCAUACCGUUGUUGAUUAUUUUCCUGGUUUUUGGCGUGACUACGUGGAUGAUGAUUCCGGGCUCAAAGCCCUCUUAUUCCGAACCACUAUGCAGACCCGUCCUGGCUAUUGCAACAGAUGAGGACGGGGGGCACUCGAUUAACGUUUUCUCUUUAGAAGAUACCGGAGACUCAAUUUUUGACAUGGAUCCAGAAACGCUUAAUUUUUUGUUAAAACUGAAGAGAGGAAACGAGAAGAAUUCUGAAACUAUUGAAAGUCGUACUACUAUACCGACACACUGA